AGAGAGAGAAAUAAAAAAAAAAAGAAAAAAAAAGGAGGAUGAAACAUUUCUCAGAGUUGCAGAUUGCCGAAAUUUCCACGGCUGUUUCUCUCUGUUCAAGGCGCCAUGGCUGAAGCUUUAGGGUUUCCAUUUCAGGUAAUUGUAUAUCGUCAUUAACUGCACUAGAUGUCUUGAUGCCGCAUGUGAGAUUUAUUCUAUUUGAUAUUUCUUCCAUCAUUAUCUGUGAUAAGAUUGAAUUCUCUGAGGAUUGUAGAUCUAUUAGCGUCUAGAGGGCAAUUUUUGUACAUAAGCUAGGGCUGAGUGUGUAUGUCUGUUGUUUCUUCCCUACUUCCGCUGCCAAAGCCUUACUUACUGGAAGUCAUAAGGGAUUGAUGUCAAUGAACUUUUAGUUUGAAAAAUGGAGAGUGAGGAUGGGCUUGAGCUUAGCUUGGGUCUGUCCCUGGGUGGAGCUUCUGUCAAGUCUAAAGGUAAAAUUACUAGCUCCUCAGGUGCAAAUGCUGAGGAAAGCGAUAGAGGCAAUAAAUUGGUUGAUGAUUUUAAGAGUUUUCUUCAUGGAGAUAAUGAGAGGCAAGAAUCAGACACUGGAUCAUUCCAAAGUAAUUCAAUUCCAUCUAAAGAUAAUUUCUUCAAUGACCUGUCCAAGGUUGUUGUAGAUGGAGACUCUUCCAUCGAUUUGAAGAGGAAAGGAGCCUGGAUUGAAAGUAAUUAUGCAGAAGCUGAGGAUGAAAAUCUGCCGGAGAUCGGCAACAAGCGAAAGUUGCUUUUAAUGGAAAUGAACAGUCAAAAGAAGCAGGAAAGAGAAUCUCAUCAUGUGGAUCUACAUGAAAAGGGAAGGGCAUCAUACAUUUCCUCUACCGAAGAUGGUUCAACCGCCGAAAAAGGAGAUGUAGUAGAGUCUAGAGCGGAGGGUUCGACAUCAAGGCUAGCAUCAAAACAUGAUGAUAGCUCGAAACAAUGUAUAGGAGAAACUAGUUUGCCUAAGGGUUCAAAGGAUAUCUGUGGAUUUUCUGAUUCAAGUGGUGCAGACUUAAGUAGGCAGAAAAGGUUUAACAGUUCAUCAGUUGGAGUUUCAGACGCUGUUCAAGCCUUGAAUAUGCAUAAUGUGCAUUUUCCCAUAACAGUCAAGGAUACUAACAGUCUCGGUGCACCCAGCACAUCUGGUCAUUUGCAACUUGGAAUUCAGCAUGUGCGACCUACAGUAAAUGGUGACCGACCAGGGGCUGAACACAUAAACCCUCGAAACUUGCCUCUUAUGCCUGGCAUUUCACCACUUCAGAUUUCAGCAAUGGAUAAAGAUAAGGCAUGGGGAUUGGUUUCUCAUCCACAAAUGAUCCAUCAUCCCUAUGGUGGUGUUGGUGGUGCAUCAUCUAGCUCAGCUCCUGGGCAAGUAAUUGGACCUUUUUCAUCUGACGGUUUGUUGUAUGGAGGGAGGGUGACCGAACUUACUAAAGGCGAUAACAAGCAGCCUGCCAUGGAAGAGGGAUCCUCUUCUCGAGCGGAACAUGCAAAAGGGAGCAGUUCCAAUAUGAAUGCAAAAGACGUAUUAGAACGGUCAAAAGCAGCGGGUGUCUCCCUCGAUUUUCCAGCUAUAAAGCCAGGCAUUGCUGCAGACAUUGAAUUUGGGGGAUGUGGUUCAUACCCAAACCUUCCUUGGGUUUCCACCACUGCUCCAGGCCCUACAGGUAAGACAAUCUCUGGUGUAACAUAUAAAUAUAAUGCAAACCAGAUAAAAAUUGUCUGUGCUUGCCAUGGUACUCACAUGUCUCCAGAAGAGUUCAUUCGACAUGCCAACGACGAGAGUUUUAGUGUGCAGAAUGACAAUGCUCCCCCAACCAUUCCAAAUAAAAAUCCUGCUGCCUCUGCACAAAGCUGAUUUGGUAUCACCAUCUACAUUCUUUACGACCUCACUUAAACAGGAUCUCCUCUAUAAGUCGUACUUCUGUAUCCUUAAAUUCUAAGGAUAGCAUUUACGAUGUUUGCUUAGAAUGAAAAUGUCGGGAGUCGAAGAAGGGCCGGUGAACGAGAUGGGUUUUGAAGGCACACCUGUUUGUAAUUUAUUUACUCGUAUGAUAAAAGGUAAGCUGAAGGGGUUCCAAGUAUUUCUGAUGUAUUUAUAAUUUAAUUAUGUAUUAUAAUUCUCAUCCUUAAAGUUUAAUAGUCAUAUUGACUAUUGAGUUGAUUUUCA